CUGGUUGUCUGGCUGGGAUGUGAAACGUGUAGUGGUUGGCGUCCGAUCAAACCUCCACCACACCGACUAGUCAAAAACGUGUUUCACCCACAGCAAACAUUCGCUGUAAAACUCUGGAUUUAUUUUUUCUUGGACUAUCUGCAGGUUAUGGAAUAAUAUUCUAAAAGUAAAAAAAAAUGCAAGUUUUACCAGAGCAGCCCAGAGAUUGUAGCAUGCGCGUGCAUGUGAUGUAGGAGGUACUAUCAGUAUCAAGCCAUGCACAUGGAGUCACUUAAGGAUUACAUUUACACGCUGACCAGCAAAGCGUAAAACAACCUUGUCACAUGGUCCUGUAGCCACCAGAUCACAUGACCAACCGCACCUGAUUUUCAUGAAAGGGGAAAUAUAUUUUCUGUGGAUUUUAAUUUUUUGAAAGUUUAUACACCGUGGUUUUCUACCAUAGCACCCUCUGUCAAGAUAGGAAUCGAACCCCAACCUUAAAGGUGGUCAUCUCACCUAAACACCCACUGCCAAGAUAGGAUUCGAACCCCAACCAUAAAGGUGGUCAACUCACCACACCACCCUCUACCAAGAUAGGAAUCGAACCCCAACCAUAAAGGUGGUCAACUCACCACACCACCCUCUACCAAGAUAGGAAUCGAACCCCAACCUCUGAUCAUGAUGGUCCAGUGUGCGGGCUGUGAGCGCCCGAUACUGGACAGGUUCCUGCUCAACGUCCUUGACCGAGCCUGGCAUUCGGCCUGCGUCAAGUGUUGCGACUGCAAGAGUAACCUGACGGAGAAAUGUUUCUUCAGGGACGGCAAACUCUACUGCCGCACGGAUUUUUUCAGGCGGUACGGCACCAAAUGUGCAGGGUGCUCACAGGGAAUUUCCCCAAACGACUUGGUGCGCAGGGCGCGUAACAAAGUCUUUCACCUCAAGUGCUUCACGUGCGUGGUGUGCAGAAAGCAGCUCUCCACGGGCGAGGAGCUGUACGUCUUGGAGGAAAACAAAUUCAUUUGUAAAGAGGACUAUAUAAAUAGCAAAUAUGCGGGCUCGGACGUUGAAGACGACGGCGAUAUGGACUCUGGUAUCGAUACUCAAGGAAACAUAUCCGAUAAAGACUUUCCCCUGGACGGCGAUACUAGUCCACACGAUACCAAAGAAUCGAUACUGAACAGCAUGUCUCACCUGGGUUCCAACAACAACAACAGUUCCAGUUUUCUCAACAUCAACGCCAGCGGGGGGCUGGGCGUGCCCCACGGGCUCAAUAGCUCCCUCGGCUCGGGGCUCGGCGGCCCACUCAACUGCAGCGCCCUCAACCUCGGCGGCCCCAACGGGCUCAACUCCAGCGGCAACUCCAUCAACGGUAGCUCCGGGAUCGGGUCCCUGACAAACGGGAGCCUCAACUCCUUGCUGUCCCCGCGGUUGGGCAGCCCCAUCCCGCCCCAGUCCAUCAAGGAGGAGCGGGACUGUCCGAACCUCGACGUGAGCCCGGGCUCCGUGGACUCUAACUGCUCCACCAGCGACAUUCCCAUGGACCGCGGCGGACCCGACGCCAACAGCAACGACAGCUGUCCCAGCCCGGACAAUGGCGGCUCCGGAACCGGAAAUGGAAAUAGCGGGGGUGGCGGAAAUAACGGGUCCAGUACGGUGGGGGCCAAACGUCGCGGCCCGCGGACCACCAUCAAAGCCAAACAGUUGGAGACCCUAAAGGCGGCCUUUGCGGCCACGCCCAAACCCACGCGACACAUCCGAGAGCAGCUGGCCCAGGAGACGGGCCUUAACAUGAGGGUCAUACAGGUGUGGUUCCAGAACAGACGCUCCAAGGAGAGGCGCAUGAAGCAGCUGAGCGCGUUGGGCGCGCGGCGACACUUCUUCCGCAACCCACGGCGCAUGCGCGCGCUGAGGCCCGGGGAGGAGCUGGGUGACAGCCCGGACAUGAUGGGCCCGGGGUUCGGCUACCUGGAUAACGGUGCCGACUUCUAUCCUGGUUACCAAGGUUACGGGGAGUUCUUCAUGGGUCAGCCCCAGGACGGGCCACCCCCCGGGCUGACCUUCCUGCCCCCAUCACAGGGGACGCCGCCCCUGAACAUGGAGCCGGGCAUGCAUCCAGCGGGCAGACACCUAGGCAUAGGACCAGACGGACAGUUCCUGCCCGGGGAUAUGAUGCCUCCCUCCUCCACCCCAGAACCCAUGGGGCCCCACGAGCCGUUCGGCAUGCCCCGAAACAUGGGCCACCACUUCAACCCCUCUCUCUCGCCAUCCCUCGCGCACCAUCACCCACACCACCCGCACCACCAACAGCUACCAGAAAUGACGUCAGAGGUUUGGUGACAAUUAACCAUGGGGCAUGCGCCGUAAUCGUGAGGUCAUUAGCCUUCACGUGAGCUCCUGAGCUUUCACGUGAUGUCUCUACCUUCACCUAAUCUCGUAUGGAUCUUGUCUCUUCCCCAACUUCAACAAAUCACCAACCAAACCCCAACAUUUCAAGGCUGGCCUGUUCUCUUGUCCCAUUGUGUACGCUGGCAUCUCAUGUAUACCAGUAGACCAAACUUUGAGGAUACAACUUAGCCAAUGUGUUCCGUGCACAUUUAAUAUAUUAACCGGAUCCUGCUUUCAGAGAUAUUCAGAAUUCUAUUCCCAAGCUAACAAGACAAUCACUAAAGAUGCAAGUUUCAGCCACUAGAAAUAAACGAUUAUCUCCCAUGUAUUGUGUUGAAACUUAUCGUUCAGGAGAAAUUUGAAUAUCGCUUUCAUUUUGAGUUAAAUUGUCAAGCUUACAAUUUGACGCAAGGAAAAGGGGCGAUCAUCAGACAUAUACAAUUCAAAUUAAUGCCCCUGGUCGUAAACCUAAACGGUGGGUGUCAAACACCGCGCAUGCGCUAAGGUUGUAGGAAGCCAUCUUUAACUGGUGAUUAUUUAUUCAGCUACUGGCCAGACGAUACAUCUACAGUUUACUUGGUCGUCCGGACUUGUCGACGGGAGACACGUGAUCGAUUCAACCAAUCAAGCUCGCCCGUGGAUUGUAUAAUAACGACAUCUUGUAUAUCAGUUUACAGAACUGGUCACGUGAUAUUUGGAAUAAAACUUUUUGAAUGACAUUUAAAAUGGAUUCUAAAUGACAUUUAGAUAAGAGCUUAAAUGACACUCGAGAAACAGCUUGGCUGAAAUUUAAAAACAGCGUGAAUGACAAAUAACAAUAAAGUACGACAAUCGUUGAACAGCAUGGAUGUAUUUCCCAGAUUCUAGCGAAAGUAGGACUUUCUUUUAUGAUUUUUUUAUCGACUUGGUGAUUGAUUUUAUUGCCCGGGAGAUCGAUGUAACAGUUUAGUCAUUUGAAUUUACCUUGAAUAUCAUGUACAGUAUAAUAUAAGAUUUCUCUUCUUCAUAUGUCACUACGUCAUAAAUUGACAUUAUGUGACAUGAAAUAUGUUUUUGUCGGUUACAUAAGAACUUGAGAAUUUGUGACAAAUUGUUUUAUUUUUCAAAUACCUCUUCGCUGAGGCUAGCGAUUAUUUUUUUUUAAAUAAUAAUUUAUUGAAUUAAUUAAUUAAUUAAUGAACCUGUGUAAUGUAACAUAAUGACGUGUUUGGGGGUAAAGCUGUAAGACAAACUCGUGGUUUUAAUGUGUUUAGUUUUUUGCAAAUUUCGAGAAUGUUCGAUGUUAAGUAUUGUACAUACAGCCGACAACUUUGCUACGAGCAUCGUCGUUCAUAUCAUUUAGCGCUUCCUGCGACAGUAGCAGCGCCCCUAUUUUCGUUAUCGUAUCAUUGUAUUCAAUGUUUUUAAUGAGACAUAAUUAAUUAUUUAUGUGAUGUCAUGAUAAAUGAGAUGGUAAACUUAUUGCGUCAAGAAACCAAAGAUUUAUUUUUUGUUAAAAUAUAAAUAACGCCAGAUACCUUGGCGGGGUUAAGAUUCGGUGGCAGUGUGGAGAGUUGUCUGUCCAAAAUUCUUUUCUUACACGCCAGAGAUGAAGUGUGUGAAAAGGUACGAUUGUCGAGUAACUGGAUACUUUCAGUGAUGAAUCAUACUCAAUUUAUUGCUUUCUUUUGAAGUCAAAAUCAAUGUCAUAAUAAAAUCAUGCGUUUUAGUCAAAUCUAAAUUGUCAUAAUAAAAAAAAAAUGUUUUAAAGAUGAUAUUUUUCAUGAUUUUUGAACACAAUUUAAAAACGUGUUCUAUCUUACAGCGUUCAUGGCAUAAUAUAUUUUUACAGUCGUCAUUUUAUUUCCUCCAUUACUCGCAUUCUCUUUCCCGUUCUUUUAUAACAACUUGUUUUCAAAUUUGGUAAAAGGUUUUAAUAUUUUUGGCUUUUUCUGCCGGAUUUUUUCCACACUAUUUAAUAUUUAUUUGGUGUAUCUCUCGGAGGCUCGCAUGUUUUCAAAGUCUGUGUUCCUACCCUGUUACUUGGGUUCAAAUAGUGUUCCUUUUGGUUAGGGUUUAGGGGGCGCUCAUACCAGCAACGCAACUCAACUACUACCUAGAGCGAGCUUAUACUAGCAACACAACUCCAUAUAACUACUGUAUUUUCACUUGCCGAUGUUUAGUAGAAAUUGUUUUCAAUAUAAAUCUAGGAAGUUUAAAUAGCCUAGUAUAUGUCUUGAAUUUAUGAUUAAAAAAAAAGCAACACAGCUGCUAAACUUAUAAAUGUUAGAACUUCCCAAAAAUGUUGAAUAAAAAACAACAACAUAGUUUCACAUCCUUUAAUUACACAAAACUAAUUAAAACGAUACCGACGAUCGAUAAGUCCAUUCAAGAUUUAAUUAGAUUUUUUUAAUUUGCUUAGAUAUGUGUUUUACAAAGGAAUCAAUUUUACAAAUCAGCUGCUGUUAGUAAUCAGGCAGCUUAGAAAUAAUUGAAUGAAUUCAUAAAGUCAAAGAUUACAAGAUUAAAAACAACAUAUAGUUUAUAUACACAAUUUUUUGAAAAUUAAAAAUGUUUAUUUUACGUUACAG